AUGGACGCCUUUACAAACAUGGGAAACCAUUUGGUUUCUGACUCGGCAUCGACAAUCAAUGCAGACGAUGGUUACUCCGCUGUCGACCCGGACGAGAGCAUUUUGGGCCUGACCGGCGGUGCCCGACGACGCAGACACGACGAUGAAGACGACGGAUCCGAUAUUCUUGAUGACGAUGACAUGGAGAGUGUUGCAAGCGUCCCCGUCGGUGGCCACGCACGGAAGCAGAAAAUUGAAGAAGAAAAAGAACUUCCCCCUCAUGCUUGCGCGUACUGUGGCAUUCACAAUCCAAGCAGUGUGGUAAAGUGUCUCUCCUGCAACAAGUGGUUUUGCAGUGCCCGAGGCAAUACCUCGUCUUCGCAUAUCGUAAACCACCUCGUCCGCGCACGGCAUAAAGAAGUUCAACUGCACCCGAGUUCAUCCCUUGGCGAUACCAUACUGGAGUGCUACAACUGCGGAACUAAAAAUGUCUUUCUUUUGGGCUUCAUUCCUGCCAAGUCAGACACAGUCGUCGUUCUCCUUUGCCGCCAACCAUGUGCCGCCAUGCCAUCUUCGAAAGACAUGAAUUGGGAUACAUCUCGCUGGCAGCCGUUGAUCGAAGACCGCUCCUUUUUACCUUGGCUAGUUUCGACACCAUCCGACCAAGAACAGCUACGAGCACGCCAUCUAAGCCCACAAAUGAUUGCCAAGCUUGAGGAAAUGUGGAAAGACAACUCGAAUGCUACUAUCGCCGACUUGGAAACGGCUAACAGCGUCGAUGACGAGCCCGCCCCCGUCCUGCUGCGCUAUGAUGAUGCCUACCAGUACCAAAACGUUUUUGGUCCGUUGGUGAAAAUCGAGGCCGACUACGACCGCAAGUUAAAAGAAUCACAGUCCCAAGAUGGGCUCAUUGUUCGGUGGGACCUUGGUCUCAACAACAAACACCUGGCAAGCUUCGUACUUCCAAAGCUGGAAUUAGGCGAUGUGAAAUUGGCUGUGGGCGACGAGAUGCGUUUGAAAUAUACCGGAGAGCUUCGUCCCAAGUGGGAAGGAGUGGGAUACGUGAUCAAAAUCCCCAACAACCAGUCCGACGAAGUGACUAUCGAGUUGCGUGCCAAGGGCGAUCACAAGUCCGUUCCCACCGAAUGCACUCAUAACUUCACUGCCGAUUAUGUUUGGAAGGCUACCUCGUUUGAUCGCAUGCAAUAUGCCAUGAAAACCUUUGCUGUUGACGAGAUGAGUCUCUCAGGUUAUCUGUUCCAUCGUCUCUUAGGCCACGAAGUUGCGGCUGCCCCAAUGAAAACCCAAAUGCCAAAGAAAUUUAGCGUUCCCGGUCUACCUGAACUCAACGGUAGUCAAAUCAAUGCCGUGAAAAGUGUCCUCCAAAAGCCUCUCAGUUUGAUUCAGGGUCCUCCAGGAACAGGUAAAACAGUCACUUCCGCCACGAUCAUUUACCACCUUGCAAAGAUCAACGGAGGUCAAGUCUUAGUUUGUGCCCCUUCCAACGUUGCUGUUGAUCAACUAUGCGAGCGUAUUCACCGGACCGGUCUGAAGACUGUUCGUGUCACCGCAAAGUCUCGUGAGGAUGUAGAAUCACCUGUGCGGUUCCUCUCAUUGCAUGAACAAGUUCGAAUGAACGACAGCAACAUCGAACUCGCCAAGCUCAACCAACUCAAGUCAGAAUUAGGAGAAUUGUCCAGUCAAGAUGAGAAGAAAUUUAAACAACUUACCCGUGCUGCCGAGCGCGAAAUCCUCACCAACGCUGACGUUAUCUGCUGUACUUGUGUUGGUGCUGGCGAUCCUCGCCUGGCUAAGUUCAAAUUUCGCACAGUUCUCAUUGACGAGUCUACACAGUCAGCAGAGCCUGAAUGCAUGAUUCCCCUUGUCCUAGGUUGUAAACAGGUCGUCCUUGUUGGAGAUCACCAACAGCUCGGUCCUGUCAUCAUGAACAAAAAGGCAGCCAAGGCUGGCUUGAACCAGUCACUCUUUGAACGGCUUGUUAUCCUAGGCUGCUCUCCAAUUCGACUGAACGUCCAAUACCGUAUGCAUCCUUGCCUUUCCGAAUUUCCUUCCAAUAUGUUCUACGAAGGCUCUCUGCAGAACGGUAUUUCGGUGGAGCACCGUCUUCUCCCGGAUGUGGAUUUCCCCUGGCCGGUUGCACAGAACCCAAUGAUGUUCUGGUCAAACCUUGGAAACGAAGAAAUUUCGGCCUCUGGCACCUCCUACUUGAAUCGGACCGAAGCUGCUAAUGUGGAAAAGAUCGUGACUCGUUUCUUCAAGGCGGGUGUUCGACCGGGAGCUAUCGGUAUCAUUACUCCGUACGAGGGCCAGCGCAGCUACGUUGUGUCGUCCAUGCAAACAAAUGGGACUUUCAAGAAGGAGAACUACAAGGAAAUUGAGGUUGCAUCAGUAGACGCGUUCCAAGGACGAGAGAAAGAUUUCAUUGUUCUCUCCUGUGUUCGUUCAAAUGAUCACCAAGGAAUUGGUUUCUUGAGUGAUCCUCGCCGUCUCAACGUCGCACUUACGCGUGCCAAGUACGGUUUGGUCAUCCUGGGGAACCCUAAGGUUUUGUCGAAACAUCCUCUAUGGAACUACCUCCUUCUUCACUUCAAGGAACGAAAAUGUUUAGUCGAAGGACCCUUGUCCAAUCUCCAGGAAUCUCUUGUUCAAUUCAGUCGCCCGAAACAGGCCUACCGGGGCCCUCAGCGAUUCCAGAUGGCCUACAACCAUGCUUCUAGCAUGGCUAGUGGUAUGUCUAAUGGCAGAAAUGGAACCCGCCCCGAGUAUCACGAUUCUGGUUCUGUGGUUGGUUACAUCCCAGAUGAUGUUUCCUCUGUUCAUGGUUCUGCUAUCGGAGGCGUUGGGAUUUCUUCAGGCUAUCCGCCCAUGUUUCAAAACUUUACCGACACUUGGCCGACGCUGUCAGGCGGUCGUCGGGCUAAUGGCAUGCGUGCAAAGGGAGCUCCCAGCGUUGCAGGCGAGUCAGUAGCUGCCACCGAGUCUGACAUAACUGGAAGUGUCAUUGACGGCAAGAGCGGUGGAGGACAAGGUGGAGUUAGCUUGGCCGGUUUAAGCAUCAACGACAUGACCAAGCAGACCAGUCUCAGCCAAUCUGAUAGACUUAAGCGUUACGUUGAGUCUGGGGGCCGUGAUGGAUACAAGCCCGGUGUCAAUGACAGCGGCAGCAUCUUUGGCGGUAGCACAGCCAGCAUUCGAGUACCUCGUGUGCCUGGACAUGUUCAGGAUGACGAUGAUGCUCGUAGUGUGUCGACAGCAUUUGCUAGUCAGGUGGGCGGCAACUAUGACUGA